CCCACCCACUAACUUUCCGCCACGUGGCACCAUCCUCUUGCCCUAACCCCAUUUGCCUCCUGUGUUGGCUGCUCACCAGCCUCAAAUAAUUCCUAAUUUCCUCCAUAUUUCCUAAAUCAAAUCCACCCGAUAUUUUCUAGUGGCUGUCGUUUUUCCUUUAAUGGCGAAAUUUUUUUGAUAAGAGCAAAAACUGAAACAACCGUUGGGGCUUUCAUCACUUUCUCCAUCUGCUGUGUUCUGCUUGUUCCCUUCAGUUUCGUACUGUUUGUAGCCUUUUCGAGUGUGCUUGAGUGAGCUGGAGUAUUUAGAUCCGCCAUUUGCGAGUUUGUAUGUUGAGCUUCUGUCCGUAUGCGUGAUGAUUCUGUAAAGAUCCGAGCCUGUAGACUGCUGGAUCUCCCAAUGGCUAUCUUCGAAGGUUAAAGGCAACAUCGCAGUUCGUUUAGGGUGAGAUUCUUGAUAGAAAAGAGUUAACUGCUUCCUUUAACUACUCCUGCUCGUACUUCUUGUUUUGGGUUCAGAGAUGCGUCUCGCUCCACUUUCUCUCUUUAUCCGUCUCUGUUUCAAACUUGUAAUUCUGGUGUUUGUGGUGUUACUGUCUUGUUUACCUGUUUAUCACAAAACUGAACGAUUUUAAAAAAUCCCGUUUUGAAAAGGACAAAGACACUGCUUAUGAAAGAAAGAAUUCACGGUCAGAAACAGAGGCAGACUUGCCAAAGGAUCCUUUUGUUACAAGUUUCUCUCUUUUGCAGUACUAGUGUUACUUUGUCAGGUCUCCUCCAAUAUUACCACCACCAGAGGAGUUGUUGCAAGCAAUGAAUGAAUUUGUCCUGUGUGUCUGUAGCAGUAGCAUACCGUGGUCCUCUGUUUAGAUGGACCCUUAUUCAUCUGGAGAAGACCUUGUUGUUAAGACAAGGAAACCUUACACUAUUACCAAGCAACGGGAGCGAUGGACUGAAGAGGAGCAUAAUAGGUUCUUAGAAGCCCUCAAGCUCUAUGGCCGUGCUUGGCAGCGUAUAGAAGAACAUAUUGGAACCAAGACUGCUGUGCAGAUCAGAAGUCAUGCACAGAAGUUUUUCACCAAGAACCAAGUGAUAAAAAAUGCCUGUAAAUUGAUAGGACUGAUGCAAGGAGAAUAUAGCUUCCAAACAAGUGGGUUCAUGACUGUUAUGACAUGCUUCCCAACAAAAAUCCUCAUCCUAGAAAUUAUACUUAUCAGGAUGGUAAAAUCUCGUCUUACACUUCUUUACUUUACUUUGUAUGCAUCCCAAAUGCUUCCAGUUGAACAACCGUUAGAUGUGAGGUUGAGCUUUGUUUUCUUUCCAAAUUUUGUUUCGCGCCAGGAUUAUAGGAUUUCUGUUCUAUACCUAGCAAUUACUGGUGACUGUCACGAAGUACAACCAACUUUAUCUCAGAUAUCUGUUGUCCUAGCAAUUACUGGUGACUUUCACGAAAUACAGCUAACUUUAUCUCAUAUAACUGUUGUGAAAGAUGUAGUGUGCUGUUUCACGGAGAAGCUUGUCAAUCAUAAGCUCUACUUUUGUCUUACCGAGCUAUUGAAUUCUAAUAUAACUGUUUUUGGUAGCCAGAGCAUACAUGCAGGAUUGGAAAAGGAGGCCAAUGUUAAAGGAGUUCCAGUUGGGCAUGCACUUGACAUUGAUAUCCCUCCACCACGACCUAAGAGGAAACCAAGUAGUCCUUAUCCUCGAAAGAAAUGUGUAGAAACUCCUAACCCCCAAGUGGCAUUGAAGAAUGGGAAUACACCAUGCUCGGUUUCUUCUUCGUGUCAUAGUAAACUGACAAUAGCUUUGGAGAAAGAACCUGGAGAGGAACCUAAUGAUGAUGAAAAGUCGGAUAAUGGUAAUAAUGAGCACAGGGCUGUGCGUUGUUCAUCCCUGUCUCCAGCUGAUGCAUCUGAAAAGCCGUGUACUUUUACGCAAUAUGUCCCCCUCUCGAAAGAAGCAACCAAUCACAAUGGGACUGCCGCAUCUCAAAUCACGGUUGAACCCCACGGAGUAAACUCUGACUGCAAACAACCUUUAUUUAACGUCUCAAAUGGCGCCGACUCAUACCCCACCUCACACGACGAGAAGUCCAUGCAAUGUGAGAAGACAGCCGAAAGCAUGGAGAAAUUGUCAACUGCUGACGUGCAAGCCUCGACAAACAACUAUCCACGUCAUGUCCCAGUGCACAUUCUUGACGGAAACUUAGAUAUGUCCUCUGCUGCAGCCGACUCUAAAUUUAGUCAAACAGGCGUGGCCCACGCUCAUCAGAACCUAUUCAUGAAUCAGCCUGCCCCUGCUGCUACUUGUGAAAAUCACCAUCACAUUCAUAACACGUCGAGAUCCUCGAACCAAUCAUUUUCCUGUUAUCAUCCGCCAAUCUUCACUCCCAUCCAGAACCAAAACGACUACUACAAUUCAUUUCUGCACAUUUCCACAAUGUUCUCGAGCCUUCUAGUCUCUGCUUUGUCACAAAACCCCGCAUCCUAUGCUGCGGCCAGGUAUGCCGCCACUUUGUGGCCAUGCACGAACACCAUGGAAGCUCCAGUAGUCUGUGUAGCAGGAGAACCGUCCUCUACAGCCUCAGCGAGUUCGACUCCUCCUAAUCCUACUCCAAGUAUGGCGGCAAUUGCAGCAGCCACAGUAGCAGCUGCCACCGCAUGGUGGGCCGCCCAUGGGCUGCUCCCUCCUUUACUGUGUACACCUUUUCACCCUCCUCCGAUGAACAACAACCUAGGAAUAUCAGAAAACGGUCCUGAUAAUCCUCCUACUGUCUUAUUUGGCCAACAACAGCUGGAUCCAGAAUGCUCUGACGUUCUCUUGAUGAUGCAUGAACAACAGCAGCAGCAGCAGCAUCCGGUUCCUAAAAUGACUGUUGUAUCAUCAUCUGAAUCCGAGGCAAGUGCUGAUGCAGGGCCGAUUGUUGCCGAAGUACAUGCAAAACAUGUGGAUACUGAAGCCAAGAACAUGUCCAAUAACAAAAAGCCAGAAAAGCCUGCAGACCGCUCCUCGUGCGGCUCGAACACGCCCUCGGGCAGUGAUGUGGAGGCGGGAGUGAAAGGUAAAGACGACGAAAAGCAGACGAACGAGAAAGAGGCUUCCGAAGACCCUUUUAGCCGACGUUGCAGAAACACCGCAAGCUACGUGAACGAUUCCUGGAAGGAAGUAUCUGAAGAGGGAAGGCUGGCAUUCCAAGCGCUUUUUUCUAGAGAGGUAUUGCCCCAAAGUUUUUCGCCUCCGCAAGAUGAUGUCAAGAACAAAGGCAAUAAAAUGUUUUCCAUUAAGGAAAAUGCGGAGAAAGACCAAAACAGGCUGCAGCUAGACCUCAACGGUACCUGUCCCCACAAACAAGAGGGAGAUGACAAUGUCUCUCUGAUUAAUGGUAACAAAGAGGGGAUUCUAACCAUAGGACACGGGCAAGUUAAGGUAAAAGCUCGACGGACCGGAUUUAAACCUUACAAGAGAUGCUCGAUGGAGGCUAAGGGCAUUCCGGUUUCAACCAGCAACCAGGAUGAAGAGAAAGGUCCCAAGAGACUGCGUAUAGAAGGAAAGGCCUCUACUUAAUGGUGGGAUUCCAAUUUAGAGGGGUCCCUCUCCCACACUGAUGUUGCAUGCAUUUUUCACUUCAUUCUCCAUUAUGUUUUGAAUUUGUUUAAAUAUGUGUGAUACUAUUUAGGACCGCGUACAAAUAAAAUUAAGAGACUUUCAUGGGUGGACACAAGUUAUUCUAAUUUAUUUCUAAGUAGUGGACACUUUUCAUCUGAUACCAUUCCGCGUGGUUUUUCAUUUUCCCCCUAUUUGACGACUUGGUCAAAUCGGCCGGGCACCAUGGAGAGGUACUUACAUGGAUUUGGAAGUACUGUAGAAAAAGGGUUAUAUAGUAAAUGAUGGUCACACAGAUGCAGGUUGAAGACGGUCUAUGACCUUACACUGUCGAUGGAAGGUGGGUAAUAUAGCAAAUGACGGUGAUGCAGAUGCAGUUUGAAGACAUUCCAUGACCUUACACUGUCAAUGGAAGGUGAGCUGAUUUAGCUAUGUAAGAAAGUGGGAAAUUUGCGAGUACAUCUCAGGAGUGUGGUCGCAACAGGCAGCUUUGGGGAAGGCAAGUCUUUGUUGGCAGUUAAAUUUGUCGUAACUAUAUCUAUAUCUAUAGAGAUUAACAUUUACCAAGAAUAGUAGAGAAUAAAUUUCAGACAAUAUUUAUUUCAUACUAUUUGCGGAAAUAUUUUAAAAUUUUUAAUCAUUCAUUAUUUAAUGUAGG